CAUGGGUGACUUUAGAAAACGCAAUGGCUCUGUGAGUAAUAAUGACACAGAUCUAUCUGUUGGCCCUUGUAGAGAGGACGACAUAAGAGUGCUUUGUCACAAAGUUGACGAUGGAGAUUUUGGCGAGGAAAUACAGUUGGAAACUCGUUCAGAAGUGCCUGUGGAUGAGGAUGCUGACGCGGAGGACUGCCGCCGGGUGAACGGCAGUGUCUUUGACCGGGUUUAUGUGCCGUUUUGCUGUAAGAGAGGAGAUAGUGACCGUGAUGAUGAUGAUGGUGAGAAGGACACGAGGGAAAACAUAGUUCAGAGAGAAAAUAAGCCAGCAUGUCAAGGCCUGGGUCUCCUGUACAGUUUGUUAGCAUCUGUCUUUUUCUCUGUUGCUGCUCUUCUGGUGAAGAAAAUCGAGGGCAUGCACGCCAUCGAAAUCAGUGCGAUUCGGUGCUUCUUCCAGAUGUUGUUUGUCAUGCCGCCCAUGAUAUAUUACAAAACUGGCUUUUUAGGACCAAGAGGAAUGCGGAUCUACCUGUUUCUCAGAGGGCUCCUGGGGUCCAACGCCAUGAUCUUGUUGUAUUACGCAGUUUUGCAGAUGCCUCUAGCCGAUGCCACGGUUAUUAUGUUCAGCAAUCCAGUUUUCACAGCUUUGCUUGCUUGGAUAUUCCUCAAAGAGAAAUGCACAAUAUGGGAUGUCGUUUUUACCGCGUUUACGCUUACCGGCGUCAUACUCAUAGCAAGACCUCCCUUCCUUUUUGGUGGCGAAGUGCCAGGGAUCGAAGGGGACUACACCAAUCACAUCAGAGGGACGGCGGCUGCCUUCACGGGCGCUGUUGGGGCAGCGUGCACAAUGGUGAUCUUGAGAAAAAUAGGGAAAAGUGUUCAUUACUACCUCUCAGUUUGGUACUAUGCAGUCCUCGGACUCAUUGAGUGCAUCAUUGUCUUGUUUAUCUUGGAUGAAUGGACUAUACCAUCCUGCGGAUGGGACCGAUGGACCCUCAUGGCCAUCGGGCUGCUCGGUAUAGCUGGCCAGACGUUCCUCAUCAAAGCCCUGCAGAUUGAGAAAGCAGGACCAGUUGCACUGAUGAGGACGAUGGAUGUGGUCCUAGCCUUCAUCUUGCAGUUCCUCUUUCUCAACCGCAAACCGACAUGGUGGAGUCUAGGAGGGGCGUUGUGUGUGAUCAGCAGCACAAGUGGGGUGGCCAUACGGAAGUGGUACAGCAGUACUAGACAAAAGAGCUGAUUAUAUGUUAUAAUGAAAUUAGAAGAAAUUGUAUAUUUUUACUGAAGAUAAUUGGUGCAUUAUUUACCAAAGAAACUAUUUUUACUGUAAUAAUUUACAGCAUAUAUGUAGGUAUAUGACAUUUUCUAGUUUUGUAGUUUCUUAAAAAUUUUUUUACCCUAAAUGAGGGUCGUUAGUCAAGACUCUUUAGAGAUAUACACUCACCAAGCACUUUAUUAGGUACACCUGUACACCUAAUUAUUCAUGCGAUUAUCUAAUCAGCCAAUUGUAUGGCAGCAGUGCAUUGUAUAAAAUCAUGCUGACACAGGUCAGGAGCUUCAGUUAAUGUUCACAUCAACCAUCAGAACUGGGAAAAAAUGUGACCUCUGAUUUUGACCGUGGCAUGAUUUUUGGUGCUAGACGGGCUGUUUCAGUAUUUCUG